GUUAAAAUGAGUUAUCUAUGUUUUUUAUCUAUCUAAAUAUGUUGUCUGGUUUUUGUCCUUCGUUGAUUUUCUUUUUUAAUUUACAUUUUUUAUAUGGGAUUGAUUUUCAGAGCUUUAAAAAUGACACAUUGUUAAACAAGUCCAAAUGUUCCCUAUACACAUUGUGGCUCAUCCAUUUCCCCUUUAUUUAGAAAAAAGAGCUCAUUUGAUCUAUUAGCUAUAUUUAACCACCUAUGUUUUGGGAAAAAGUUAAAAUAAACUUUCAUUCUUAACUUAUUUUACCAGUUGUUACCGAAUAUAACAUCAGGAAAUUAUAUUUGAAAAUGACAACUAAGAACAUAAUGUUUUAGAAACAAAGCAGAGAGGCUUGACUUGCUAUAUAUGCAGUGUGGCUUCCGUGUUUCACCUGUUUUAGAGAAAAUAGCUACCUGGCCUCAUGCCUAAUCAAUAUCAUAAUUAACAGAACCAACUGUUAACCAAUGUAAAAUAGCAUGGCUCUUUGUAUAUAAAUAAUCAAGCCUCAAAGAUGCUUUCUUCAGACAACUUUCACAUAUUAUCAAGCGGAUUCCUUAUCAAGCAUUAUGAAUUCUCCAUAAGUCUUUGCAUUCUUCUUAAUUCUAUAACUGCUUUUACCGUGGUUGCCUAUUUCCCUUUUCUUCUUUGUGCUUGGCUACUGAGUGUGCAGAUCACCUGCAGGAACCAAUAUACAAGGCCUAUUAAACUCAAAGGCUAAAAUGGCUGGAGAAUCUGCAGAGAAGGGGAAAAGAGUCGCCAUAAUUGGGGUGUCAACCUUGUUAUUGGUGGCCAUGGUUGUGGCUGUCACAGUUGGUGUGAAUAACCGUGAAGCGAACAAUGAUAUAGAAGACAACAUCAAGAACCACAACCACGUUGCAACCACGGUAAAAGCAGUCCAAACCCUUUGCCAUCCCACUGAUUACCAGAAGGAAUGUGAGGAAAGUCUGAUAGCAGAGGCUGGCAACACCACAGACCCAAAAGAGCUUAUUAAACUUGCCUUCAACAUUACAAUUAAGAAAAUCAGUGACAAACUUGAGGAAACAAAUCUGUUGCAUGAGGUUGAGAAGGAGCCUAGAGCUAAGAUGGCACUUGACACAUGCAAACAACUCAUGGAUCUUUCUAUUGGGGAGUUAACAAGGUCAUUUGAUGGAAUAGGCGAGUUUCAUCUCACGAAUCUUGACAAAAUCCUUACGAAUGUAAGGGUUUGGCUGAGCGGUGCAGUCACAUACCAAGACACAUGCUUAGAUGGGUUUGAGAACACCACUAGUGAAGCAAGUACCAAGAUGAAGGAGCUGUUAACAUCAAGCAUGCACAUGAGUAGCAAUGCUCUUGCUAUUGUCUCUCAGCUUGCUGAUGCUGUAUCAGAUUGGAAUGUCACAAAGCUAGCUGGACGUCGCCUCCUCCAUCAGGAUUCUGAGACUCCAUCAUGGGUUAAUCUUGAUCAUCGUAGACUUCUUCAUUCGAAGAAGAAUGCAUUCAAGCACAAGCCUGAUGUGACUGUAGCCUUAGAUGGAAGUGGAGAUUUCAAGAGCAUCAAUGAAGCAUUGGAAAAGGUUCCUGAACAUAACAAAAAACCAUUUGUGAUUUACAUCAAGGAAGGUGUUUACCAUGAGUAUGUUAAUGUUACCAAGCAUAUGACCCAUGUUGUGUUUAUUGGUGAUGGUGGAAAAAAGACAAGAAUCACUGGGAACAAGAACUUCAUAGAUGGGGUUAACACCUACAGAACUGCCACUGUUGCUAUUCAAGGAGAUCAUUUUGCUGCCAUCAAUAUGGGAUUUGAGAACUCUGCUGGCCCCCAAAAGCAUCAAGCAGUGGCCUUAAGGGUUCAAGCUGACAAGACCAUCUUCUUCAAUUGCUCAAUGGAUGGUUAUCAAGACACACUUUAUGCACACACCAUGCGUCAAUUCUACCGGGAUUGCACUAUUUCAGGUACCAUCGACUUUGUCUUUGGUAAUGCUUUAGCUGUUUUCCAAAACUGCACUUUCGUGGUCCGAAAGCCUUUGGCAAACCAGCAAUGCAUUGUGACUGCACAAGGUAGGAAAGAGAGACAGGAACCAACAGGAAUAGUAAUCCAAGGAGGCUCCAUUGUGUCUGACCCUGAGUUCUACCCAGUGAGGUUUGACAACAAGGCCUACCUUGCUCGUCCAUGGAAGAAUUACUCUAGAACUAUCAUCAUGGACGCUUAUAUUGAUGAUUUGAUUCAACCUGAUGGCUACCUUCCAUGGCAAGGAAUAAAUGGCCCAUCUGGCAUUGACACUUGCUUUUAUUCUGAGUACCACAACGUUGGUCCAGGUUCAGAUAAAUCAAAGCGUGCACAUUGGGCUGGAAUCUGGAAUCUCAACUCAAAAGCUGCACAUUGGUUCUCUCCAUCCAAGUUCUUUCAUGGAGAGGACUGGAUUGAGAAAACUGGAAUUCCUUAUUAUUCUGGCAUUCCAAAACAUUACAGGCACAAGAAGACGCUGCGUAAUUGGUGAUGGUGGCCUUGAGUGUUCGACAGAGACUAAGAAUUAUUUAAUUGUUCCUCUUUUCAAUUCUUUAUUUCAUUGAUUUGCUUUGAAGAGAGUAUUCACACUGUUUGCAUUCUUGAAGAGAUGUAAAGACUCACAAUUGAUGUAAAUUAAAUGCUUGUUUUAGUGAGUUUGUUUUUGUACUGGUUAGUGGAGCUCUAAUUUGUCUUACAAUAUAUCUACAUUUUUUUCAAUUUUUUCAUUUAAUAAUA